AUGUGCUGUCUCCCCUCAAACCUUGCAGAGUUUAGAGAGAGCCAGUACUGGGAUAGGUUCUUCUUAGAUAGAAAAGGAAGGCCUUUUGAAUGGUAUGGGGACUAUAAAGAUUUUAGAGAGGCUUUGGAUGCCCUGGGCUUCCUUAAGGGGGCCCCUCAAGCAGCAGGGGGGCCCCACUCACCUCAGCAAGGGGGCCCCCACGUGCUUCAUGUUGGCUGCGGCAAUUCAACUCUAGCUAAAGAUUUAUUCGAUGAUGGAUACACCCGAAUAGUUAAUGUCGAUUUCUCUCCGGUUGUUAUUGAAGAAAUGAAGAAAACACAUUCACAUCUCUCUACUAUUGAGUGGCAUUGCUUAGAUAUUAGAGGUAGAGGCCUUCAGAAAGCCUUCUUAAAGGGGCCCCCUUCAUCAGGGGGACCCUCAGGGGCCCCCCCCUUUGAUUUAGUAUUUGAUAAGGGUUUUCUUGAUGCAUAUAUCUCUAUAGAUCAUGAAGAUGAUCAUGUAGAACAGGGGGGCCCCCUAGGGGCCCCCAAUAAGGGUACAGGGGCCCCCACUGGGGCCCCAAAUAAGGGUACAGGGGCCCCCACUGAGGGCCCCCAGGAGUCAUCAUAUGAUUACCGAAAGGCUGCAGAAGAAUAUUUUGAAGCUGUCUUUGAUGUUUUAAAGGAAGGAGGUUCUUUUGUUCUUAUAUCCCUCGCACAAGAUUAUAUCUUGAAGGAAUUCGUGCGUUUCUUCUUGCGGCGACCAGUAUCAAUAGAGAUAUUCUGCUGCCCAUCAAAAGAAGAAAUCAGUCGGGGGGCCCCCUUCUCGCGAUUACAACCCUUUCUAUUUUGUAUUAAAAAGGGGGCCCCCAAGGUAGAAGUAGAGGGAGAAGAAAACGGCGACAAAACUAAAACUCAGGUACCCAUAUGCAAGCUGGCGGGAACGGCAGGAAGCGGCCCUGAAUCUUUUCCCUUAUGGGAGUUGACGAGCUUUUUGGUUUGGACUAUGUGCGUUUCGGUUUAG